GAAAACACUCGCCGUUAUUGAUUAGUCUGUGUAUAAUAAAAACAUCCUGAACCAACAGGUAAACAGGUAUUAAAGAAAACCCAAUUUAAUAAAAAAAAUUUGGAAACUAAAUAAACAAAAUGACUGAUCGUUGUAGAAUAUGUUUAACUCAAAUUGGGAAACUGGACCAAGUCAGUAUUUCGAUGAAGGUUGUGGAAGAAACAGUAUUGGAAUUAAUUACACUUUGUGCCCCUGUUCAAAUUUUCGAAGGGGACAUGUUGCCAAAAUUCGUGUGCGUCGAGUGUUACGCCAAACUAAAAGACUUUCGGGAAUUUAGAAAUUUAAUAAUAACUUCUGACAUGACAUUGAAAGAGAAAUUGUUGCCAUCAUUCCCGGCAUGUCAUAAGGAGGAACAGAGUGAUCAAAUUGGAUCUGAUGAUCAACAGACAACUGCAGUUGAAAAUAAUAUGACAGAGAUAGUAUAUUGUGACAAAUUAUCACAACUAAAGGAUGAAUGUGAAAAAGAUUUCAACAACUUUGAAUAUUCCAACCCUGAAAAUUCUAGUAAUAUUUAUUCUGAUGAUGAGCAUACAACUGAAACUAAAAAUAAUAUAAAGGAUGUGGUGUAUGACAAAUUAUUAGAACCAAAAGAAGAAUUUGUAAAAGAUUCCAACAACUUUGAACAUUCCAACCCUGAAAAUUCUAACUAUAUUUAUUCUGAUGAUAAACAGACAACUGAAUCUAAAAAUAAUAUAAAGGAGGUGGUAUAUGACAAAUUAGCAGAACUAAAAGAAGAAUGUGUAGAUUCCAGCAACUUCGAAUAUUCCAACCCUGAAAAUUCUAGUGGUAUUUUGGAACCACAUAUUUUACACCAACAAACUAACACAGACAAACAACAACGGUCGACCCAAGUCAAAAAAAUUUAUGAAUGUAAAGAAUGUAAUAAAAUUUACAAAUCAAGAGGUGGUUACAAUGUACAUAUGACCAAACACACUGGGGAAAAAAAUUAUGCAUGUGAAUAUUGCCCAAAAAAGUUUACCAGACGUUCUGCUGUGAUGUACCAUACGAGGAUUCAUACGGGGGAAAAACCACACACAUGUGAUAUUUGCUUUAUGUCUUUCGUGACUCCCAGUAGCUAUUAUGUACAUAGGAAAAUACACAAUGGAGAACGUAAAUUUAAAUGUACUUUGUGCCCUGAAUCUUUCAUACAAUCUCAAUCUCUUGAAAUACAUGUAAGAAGAAUUCAUACCGGAGAAAGACCUUACAUGUGUGAAAUUUGCAGCAGCACUUUCAGAAGUGACAGUUCCCUUUUUACACACAAGCAGAAUGUGCACCAAAGUAAAGAACCAUGUCCGAUUUGUAACAACAUGUACAGCAGCAGGAUUUUAAAAGCGCACUUACGUAGACAUCAAGAAAAAGAAGAUGGCAUUAAGCGUUUUGUAUGUGAUCAGUGUGGGAAAGGCUUUACAUGCAGCUCUAGCAGAAAAAAGCACCUGCUAAUCCACAGUGGUGAGAAGCCUUUCUCUUGUGAAGUAUGCAAUAAAGCCUUUAAUCAAAAGUCCUCUCUCAAAACGCACAUGAAGAUCCAUUCAGAUGUCACACCUUUUGAGUGUGAUCAUUGCAUGAAGAGUUUUAAGUAUAAACAUAAUCUUCAGUCGCACCUUCAAACCCAUCGAAAAGAAAAGCUUGAUGAUGAAAUAUCAAGCAAUGAUAGUAGUUCUGUUGUAGUAAUAAACAAAAUGACGGAUCAUUGUAGAAUAUGUUUAAUUCAAAUCGGCAAACUGGACCAAGUCAGUAUUUCGAUGAAAGUUGUGGAAGAAACAGUAUUGGAAUUAAUAAUUCUUUGCGCCUCUAUUAAAGUUUUCGAAGAAGACAUGUUGCCAAAAGUGGUGUGCGUGGAAUGUUUCGCAAAACUAAAAGACUUUCGGGAAUUUAGAAAUACAAUAAUAAAUUCAGAUAUAACAUUGAAAGAGAAAUUAUCGCAAUCAUUAUUGGCAUGUCAUAAAGAGGAACAGAGUGAUCAAAUUGGAUCUGAUGUUGAACAGACAACUGCAAUUGAAAAUAAUAUGACGGAGAUAGUAUAUUGUGACAAAUUAUCACAAGUAAAGGAUGAAUGUGAAAAAGAUUUCAACAACUUUCAAUAUUCCAACCCUGAAAAUUCUAGUUACAUUUAUCCUGAUGAUGAACAUACAACUGAAACUAAAAUUAAUAUAAAGGAGGUGGUAUAUGACAAAUUAUCAGAACUAAAAGAAGAAUGUGUAGAAGAUUCCAGCAACUUUGAACAUUCGAAUCCUGAAAAUUCUAGUGAUAUUUUGGAACCACAGAAUUUAGACCAACAAACUAAUAAAGACAAACAACAAAGGUCCACCCAAGUCAAAAAAAUUUAUGAAUGUAAGGAAUGUAAUAAAAUUUACAAAACAACAGACGGUUACAAUAUACAUAUGGCCAAACACACUGGGGAAAAAACAUAUGUAUGUGAAUAUUGCCCAAAAAAGUUUACCAGACGUGCUCUGGGGUACCACAGGAGGAUUCACACUGGGGAAAAGCCACACACAUGUGAUAUUUGUUUUAUAUCUUUUGCGACUCCGAGCAACUAUUACAGACAUAGGAAAAUACACAAUGGAGAACGUAAAUUUAAAUGUACAUUGUGCCCCGAAUCUUUCGUACAAUCUCAAUCUCUUGUAAUACAUGUAAGAAAAAUUCAUACCGGGGAGCGACCUUACAUGUGCGAAAUUUGUAGUAGCACUUUCAGAUGCAGAGGCACCCUCCUGUCGCAUAAACAGGAUGUGCAUCAAAGUAAAGAACCAUGUCCAAUAUGUAACAACAUGUAUAGUAGUAGGUUUUUAAAAGCCCAUUUACGUAGACAUCAAGAAAAAGAAGAAGGCAUUAAACGUUUUGUAUGUGAUCAGUGUGGGAAAGGCUUUACAUGCAGGUCUAGUAGAAAGAGGCACUUGCUAAUCCACAGUGGAGAAAAGGCUUUCUCUUGUGAAAUAUGUAAUCACGCCUUUACUCAAAAGUCUGCACUCAAAACGCACAUGAGGAUCCAUUCAGAUGUCAAACCUUUUGAGUGUGAUCAUUGCACGAAAAGUUUUAGGUAUAAACAUAAUCUUCAGUCGCACCUUCAAACCCAUCGAAAAGAAAAGCUUGAUGAUGACAUAAUAAGCAAUGAUAGUAAUUCUCUUGUAACAUAACCUAGUAUUAAUGUUUCUGCAAAAAUAAAAACUUUGGAUUUUUUGUUACUCAUAGAUCGUAGAAAGGUUUAUUGUGUAUGA